GUCACAACAAUGCGGGCAGGCACGUCAAAGGGUGUCUUUCUGCGUGCUCAGGAUCUCCCUGCCGACGUUGAGAGGUGGCGUAGGAUCUUGCCUAAAGUCAUGGGCAGCCCCGAUCCUUUUGGACGCCAGCUUGACGGCCUCGGUGGUGGAACAUCUACCACUUCCAAGCUGGCCGUCGUGUCCCCCAGCAAAAGGCCAGACAUUGCCGAUGUCGACUACCUCUUCAUUCAGGGCUCGGUCACGGGUGCAACUCUGGACAUGACUGGUAACUGCGGCAACAUCCUCUCGGGCGUCGCGCCCUUCGCCUACGAAGAGGGGAUGGUCCACCGGCAACCCGAUUCAGCAAAAGGAGACGACGGCGAACUGAGUCUGACGUUGCGUUGCCUCAACAACGACCAGCUUAUCCGGAGCUCGUUUCGUGUAACGGACGGUUUGCCCGUCGAGAACGGUGAUAUGGUCAUUGAUGGUGUUUCCACGAAGGGGUCGCCCAUAAAGCUUGACUUUCUCGACCCGGCCGGAUCCAUGACAGGUCGCCUCCUGCCGACUGGCUCGCCCACUGACCUACUCGUAGUGGAAGGGCUCACUGAACCCAUCCUGGUUUCUUGCGUGGAUGCGGCCAAUCCGUUCGUCUUUGUACGAAUCCAGGAUGUGGAACCAACCCUGGUGGGCUUCGAGUCGUCCGCUCACCUUGAUAAAGAAUCGCUAUCACGGAAGGUCGAAGCCAUCCGAAGGAGCGCUGCCGUGGUAAUGGGUCUUGCCCAAGACACGGUUUCUGCCGCCGCGGUCAAAGGCACCCCCAAGAUCUGUCUCGUUGCUCCUGCCUCUCUCGCAGGGAAUGGCCACAUCAUGACAAGGAGCUGGUCGAUGGGGAAACCCCAUCCUGCUCUUCAGCUCAGCGGAGCCGUUUGCGUCGCCGCUGCUGCCCACAUUCCCGGUACGAUCCCUCACGAGCUGGUCAAGAGCACCACCGGAAGAAUACCCAGCAAACUCCGCAUCGACCACGCCUGUGGAACGAUAGAGGCAAGCGCGAACGUGGAAGUGGUGCCUGGCACGAAAGAGGUCAAGAUCGCGUCGGCGACGCUUUUCCGCACAGCGAGGAGGCUCUUCUCCGGAGAGGCCUACUACGUUCUGUAAAACUGCUUGUAGACAUGGUCUCAUCGCGUUGUGUGCCAACGAGGGUGAAUCGCUUUAAGACCUCUUUGAGAGGCCGAAGCGAAUCGCUUGAAUCAAUGUGUAUUUGCCACGGAGCGACGGCACCCGCGACGGCACCGUAGGUCCUUUAUCGAAGUUAUUGCGGACCUAGAUCGCUCGUCCAAGCCUCACUUCCAGCCAUCGUCAACGGUCAAGAUGAAG